GCGAUCGCCGCGGCAGUCACGGCUGUGAUUCUGCCUCAAACUGCUGCCUCCCCUGGCUUGAACCCUGGAGUGCCGCCGACGGUCCCAGUCAGAAGUGUUGAUGCAGUGCCUCGGCCGAGCAGCUCGGCGGAAAGGCACAGGGCCAAGAAGGCAACAUGGGCUGCUGCGGACACUGGGCUUAGUGGUGACAGCUGCGAUGCAAGCACGUCAUGGGUCUGCACCCCUGGCUUUCACGUCGUGCGGGAAGCGAAACCGACCACCGAUGCAGAGAUGACGAUUUGUUCGGUAGACACAAGGGGCGGUCAGCAGCCACUGGAGGUGCAAUCACCCGCUCGGCAUGAAGCAGAGCGCUUGGGCGUGGCAGCACAUGCUCUUCCCGCCGCUUGUCCGCUGGUCUGGACGGAUUGCGGCCGGUCACACUUCUCGGCUCUCGUCGUGGAGCUCCCGGUUCUAGGAAGGGAGGCCGCUGGCUCUUAG